UUCACCUCUCCUCCAUCAUCAUCAUCAUCAUCAGUCAUCACCAUCAUCAUUUUCAAUAUCUCCUUUUAAGUUUCAUGCAUUAAUGUCUGACUCAGUUGUACAAGAAACUCAUCUCUCUCUCCCUCCCCCCAAAGACCUCUGGAAAGAGAAAAGGAGCCGAAAUUGUAAAGAAAAAUCAUGUCUUCCCCAAGCAAACGCCGAGAGAUGGACUUGAUGAAACUGAUGAUGGGCGACUACAAGGUAGAGAUGAUCAAUGAUGGCAUGCAAGAGUUCUAUGUUGAUUUCCAUGGACCCAGUGAGAGUCCUUAUCAUGGAGGUGUGUGGAGGAUAAGAGUUGAGUUACCAGAUGCUUAUCCAUAUAAAUCUCCCUCCAUAGGUUUCGUUAAUAAGAUCUACCACCCAAAUGUUGAUGAGAUGUCGGGUUCAGUUUGUUUAGAUGUUAUUAAUCAAACCUGGAGCCCCAUGUUUGAUCUUGUAAAUGUGUUUGAAGUAUUCCUACCACAACUUCUGCUGUACCCCAAUCCAUCAGACCCUUUGAAUGGAGAGGCUGCAGCUUUGAUGAUGCGUGACAGAGCUGCUUAUGAACAAAGAGUUAAAGAUAUAACUUCAUGUUGCUUGUAUUCUCUCACCAUUCAGAAUACCGUGAGAAGUAUGCGAAGCCAGAAGACAUUGGAGCUGCCCCAGAAGAAAACUCUAGUGAUGAGGAGCUGAGUGAAGAUGAAUCUGAUUCCAGUGAUGAGCAAGUGGCAGGAAAAGCAGAUCCAUAGGUGUUGGUGGGCUGUCCUUUAAACUUUCUUUCUAGUUGUUGUACAUGUUUUAGCUUUGUUAAUUCAACCGCAACUCCAAAGAAUGGACUUGUUUAUUGAUUACAGCCUCUAUUGUUUAUAGCCGUUCUUUCCUUUGGCAGAACAGAUUGAUCCCUAUGCUUUCGUUUGAAUAUAUCAUUCCUAAACUUUUGAAAGCGGCA